ACCCAGCCUCUUCUCCACACAGCUUUUCCUCAUCGGCCCGACCACCAGAGGAGGAAAAAGCCGAAGACAUCCCUGUUGGCAGCAACAACAGCAACAGCAACACCAGCACUAGCACCCCCGCGGCGCCCGGGCCCGCCCCCAGCGCCACCAAACACCGGCGGGACAGCGCCAACAGCACCUCCAGCCGCGGCAGCCACAAGUCCACCAGCUCUUCCACCUCCAACACCAAAAAACCCCGUCGUUCUUCCAGUGCCAGCAACAACAACAACAACAACAACAAUAAUAAUAGUAGUAGUAAUAAUAACAAUACCAACAUCAACCCCACCAGCAGUAGUAGUAGUAGCGGUAGCAGCCUCAGCAAGAACAACGUCAAAAAUGAUGCCACGAGUGAGUCUCAGUCCCAUGUGGUUUCCAACGGGCCCACGGACCCCGGUACUCUUCCCUUCAACAUCUACGUCAAUGGAAACGCCGGCCCCAGUGUCUCGAGCGGCAACAACAGCAGCAACAACAACAGCAACAACAACAGCAACAGCUCCAACAGCAACAGGGUUGGAAACAGCAAACCCGCGGCCAACCUGCCCUCACCCCCGCCUGUGGAGACUCAGUUUGCUGCCAACCUUAGAGCCAGCAGUAGUUCAAACCACGAGCUGAGUGACAAGGACAGAAAGCUGCAAAUAUUAAUUCUACGGCUGAGAUCUCUACUGAACCACCGCCUGUAUAAGAUCAAGAAGAACGAAGUGAGCAAGUACAAGAAAGCUAUUGAGUCUGACCAAAACAAGCUGAACACGUCGGCCCCUCCGGCCGCCCCGGGCCACAAGCCCCACGCCCCAUCCCCCCACCAGGGCAGCUGGAACAAGAACAGCACGGGCACGCUUUCACCCAUGUCCCCCACCGCCUCUCCUGCUGGCAGCGUCAGCUCACAGGGAAGUGGCGAGCAGGUCACAGGGAAAAUGCUGAAUGGAACCGCCAGCUCUUCCUCCACUCCCAUGACCUCUCCGUCCCCGGGUAUUGUCAGCGUGCAGCAGCGACUUCUCAGCAUGUACUUUCGGCUGACCAACCCAAUGGUCACCUCUCUGGAGUUGUGGGACCAGGCCAAUGCGGAGACCACCAGGGACCUUCAAGAGUUCUUCAAAACUGUGGACGAUGCGUGCGGAGAACUGUCAUUCCACUCUCUCCCCCCCGUGGUGGUCCGCUACAUGGAGUAUGCCCUCCGCGUACUUCACUUGUGACGUCGGUGGCCGUGAGAGGAGAUAACAGUGGCCACAAUCGUGUUUUGUCGCCGCAGGACAUCUGAUGGGGCGGGCUGUGUUGUACCUGUGUGUGUUGAAAAGGCUGAGACUGGAAACGUAAAGAGACACUGGGGUUGCACAUAUCUGAAGUUGCCCACACCUGGCAUUUAUAAGUUCAGCAGCAUUUGUACAGGAAGUUGGGGUUUUUUUUUGGUGGGGAGGGUGUUUAGAAACAUAAAAAAACCCCAAAACCCUAGUAGGAAUGCCAGAAAAAUGCUAGUGCCUAAAAUAUUUUUGCAAAGAGCUCUGAACAAUGAGUUGGGUUUGUGUUUUGGUUGUAGUACUGCUGUUGUCUCCCCUGGACCGUCUUGCUCAAGGACUUUUGGUCACUCACUUGUUGAACAGGAGGAUACUGUGUAAUGCUCAACGGAUUUGGCCCUCGCAUCAUCGCGACUUGUCUCAAGUUGCUGGGGCUGGAGUUGCUCAAGGGGUCGUUCAUCAUCCCUCGGUUUUCUUGCCGUGACCAACGUCUGGAGUCUGUGAGUCGUGGAAGCUGCUAAUGGGUUCGUUGUGUUAUGAUAAUUAUUUCCAUGGGCCAAAGGGGCUGAGGUGGUUAGUUCAUUGUACAGAUGCAGCUACGUUUGUAACUUUGAGACUUCCAGUGUAGGGACAAAAAAUAUUCAGUUUUUGUGACAAAGAAACUCAGAGUCUUUGUAAAGGUUUUAUGUUUGAGUUGAGUUCGGCCGUUCAAAGAGGGACUUGGGCGAUGGGCACACAAGAUUUUGGAGUUUCUUCGUGCUGUGAGGAUUGGUCCAGAGGGAGAGAAGGGCAGGAAGUGUUGUCGCUGAUACAGCUAAGUGUUGACUCCACACAAGAAUGGGCACAAGUCAAAGAUUUUUUCUGUCUUUCAAGUGUAUGGAACACGAGAGAUGGAUCGGAAUGCCUUGUGAAUAUUUUGUGAAACGAGUUGUGAGCCGUGAAUAUUUGUGAUCUGACUCUGACACUUGGAACCCCGUGAUAGAUUGCUCAAAGUGACAAGAAUCUUGUGUGAAUUUGCCUGACAUCAGGAUUUUAGUACUGCCGCAAGCUCAGAGACCAAAACAUUGCAGGUCUGUCUUGAGGCGCCCUGAAGACUCUUACCAGAAAUGUUGUUGUACUUGUAUCGAGGUACAUAUCUUCUCUGAUCUGUUGUGUGGCGUGGUGGGUGGGCCAAAGCUGACCAAAGGCGUCACAGUCAUAGACCAGGUGUGGCGUCCUUGUCUGCCGGAGUUCUGCUUGAGAUUGUGAUUUUUGUUGUGGGUGUGGUGUUAUGUGUGUUCCUGUAUGGGUAUGAUUUAGAUUUGAAGUCUGUGGAAGUUUAGACUAUUGUAGACUGAUGAACUACGAGAGUUCAGAUGUAUUUACAGUGAUGAGACUUCACACACAUACACAGUAGAUCUCCAGAUAACGGGCAAAAUCUGCAAGAACAUUUUGCAGUCUUCUUUUCCCCUUGUUAAUUAUGACAGAAAAUUGAGUCAGAUAUUCUUUGCCUGUCUCCUGAUGUUUGUCCCAUUUUUGUUAUACUCUUAUUACUUACACCCCCCCCCCCCCCAAGAGUGAACAAGCUAGUAAAUGAGCCAGUGUUCUCCCCGGUACCCAACUCGUCUCCUCUAGCACGUGUGCUUUAUGAAUACUCCAUAAAAAUUGUUCACUCUAGACCACACUCCAGCGCCUUUUGUCUUCGGUCAAAAAGUAUUUCUUUCUUUCACAGAAAUGCUAAAGUGAUGAAUGAUAUCGAUUUAUUUAUUUGCUCUCUGAUAUUGUAAAUACUUGUCAAGGUUUCUUCUGUCAGGUGUGCUACAAUGCAGUAUUUUGUAGGUGCAGGAAGAGAAUGCCUGAAACAUAUCAAAUGUUUUUUGUUCUCACCACAGUGGAGCACCUGGGCCUGUGCUCAGUGUUGUGUGGUAGAGUCUUUUGUCUUUUUAGUGAGAUUUUUCUUUUCCCCAGUCUGCUGAGAGUAGACUCAGGUUGUUACUGUAGAAAAAACCCCCCAAAUGUUAGCAAAUGUUAGGGAGCCCUGCAUCGUACUCGUACACAGUCUAGACAAUGAUUUUGUACUGCCGAGGGAAUAUCGGGAUCAGUGGGAUGACUGUGUUUGCCCCCGACCUGUGAGUUAGUUAGUGAGGAUGCCUUUGAGACUCUACCUUUGGGAGGGGGAGUUUUGGGUUGUGUCUGAUCUGAUUACACCUCGCAUUUUAUCGGGUUUUGCAUUUUUGGUGGUCAGCUCAAGUAACUGCAACAGCGUUGUCAGCUAUUAUUUUAUUAGCAAGAAUAUUUAACAGAUAUUUUGACAUUAUUUUUUUUCACUUUCUGCAGCUGUCAGUACAAAAUCCAUGCUGCAGUGUUUCCCCUUUGUGGUAGUUGAUAAAAAAAACUAGAAUGGGCGCUCAUGACUGUUGUAUAUUGUGUACUCCUGUAAAAGUGCAGAGAAUGUUAUUGAAAAAAGGGUGAGAAUAUUUUUGGUGGUAUAUAUAUCAAUGGUUUGACAUUGAUGGUCCUCCCCCGUGAAGAAAAGUGUACAGGGUUUGACUUUACUGAUAGGGAUACAGUGUAGUUUCAUUCCAUUGUCUUCUUUCCAAUUUUUUUUUUUUUUCUGUUUUUUUUUGGUGCCCCUUUACACUUCAGGGAUGUAGUGGACACACAUGCCUGAUGAGCAGCGGACCAAAGGCAAUGUUGCUGCACAGUUUGUACCAUCAUAUAUAUUGUAUAAAUCAGAAACACAAACUUGCAUAUUUCAUAGUAUGCACAUUGUUGCCUGCUUUUUCUUCGAGUUAAAAAUAAAGAAAACAAAGAGUUGAAAAAUCUGCACGAAUAGGGAAGUUAUGCUUCAUUUUGUUAGAGUGCCACAAAACAGCAGGUCUUCUAGACUUGUUUAAUGACUAGAAUAUGUGUCCUCAGUGAGUUCAAGUAAGGUGUCAAAGAAAGAGUUGUGUUAAAGGUGAACAAAUUUAGUGAGUGUCAAUGAUGAACAGCCUCUGUAUUGACCUGUUUAGAGGUCCUUCAGGAUUUUGCACUUGUAGAAAAACAAGUCUGGGGUACGUUUCCAAGUGUCUUCUGUAGCAAGGGCGGAAAACAAGCACAAUCAAUGAGCACAUGAACAGUUGUACGCUUUGAGGUUUGGGGUUUUCUAAGGCAUGUUGACAUUUAUUGUACAUAACAUUUAGGGCAUUUAUUUCUUAUUCUUCAUGAGUUGAGGUUUUUUUUUGUUGUUGUUUUUUUUGUUAUUGGAGAAGGGGUCUAAAUAAGAAACAAUUUGAAGACAAUUUUGUAGGAAAAAGUGUCUCCUUCCUCUGGUGUGAUCUACUCCUGUUUCCUUUACCACGGUCCUAGUCUGCUUCCUAAUGAGAUGUGGUGGUUUGUCGCACACCGCAGGUCGGCUCAACAGUCCCUUGGUCUUUUGAUAUACAUGUGGCAGUGUGGGAGGUGAAGUUGUAAAUCGGAGUGGCUGUUUGAAUAGGUGAGACCUGAGAGUGCUCAAGUAUCCGACUUGCUAGCAUUAUGAAUUGUUAAAGUUAAACGAGGGCUUCCGUGGAUGUUGUGCUGUUUGCAUCUUGAGUGUGAUGGGAGGAUGGGAGUGUGAUGGAAGUUGAUCCACUUUCCUUUGAAGACGGUGCGAUAGUGGAAAAGUAGACAAAGGCUUUCUACGGAGUAACCAUAUGUAUUAUUACAUUCAUAUUAUGUUCAUUUUUAUUAUAGUCACUCUGAAACACAGAGAGCAUUCAGAUUGGUAGAUUCUGGUCAUGUGAGAAACUGGAGUUCAUACGGUCCACCACUCUAAUCAUCUAAACUGAAGUAUUUAGAUAGUUUUAAAUAAUGUGAAUAAUAGUAUGUAUGUCCAUUGAUUUUAAUUUGUGUUGUAUUUAUGGAGGAAAUGUACCUUUCGUUUCCUUACAUACUGGGGGUAUUUUUGGUCUGCAAUCCCAAUUCAUAAGGUAGAACAGAUCAUUGGUGUGUGUGUGUGUGUGUUGGACAAGUUAACUUUUGUUUUAUUUUUAGGGGAGAAAGAGGGAAACUUUUCUUUUUCCCCCUUGCGCAUAUUCAUACAUUCAUAAUAAACACCUUUUUCAUACUAUUUUUUGUUGUGAAAUGUUUGGAAGUUGUUUGGAAGUUGAUGGAACAGAAGGCUAGGUGGGGGAAUUCAGUUUCUAGUUUUGUUUUCAUGGAUGCAUGCUGUCUCUAUUAAUAGAACAGUUCUUUCCUCAUUAUUUUUUGUUCAUACUCCUAGGUUGCAUAUGUCUCGUGUUAAAAGUUUUAGUUAACAAUGCUGCAAAGGUUUACUUGCACAAUUUGUUUAUUAUAGAUUUUACAAUACAUUAAGAAAGUAGAGGGCUUCAAACUAGUUUGAUUUGAAAAGGAUUAAAAGAAUGUAAAAGUUGCUCCCUUCGUUUGUACAAGUAAAACUUUUUUGUUGAACUACAUCAACGGUUGAAAAAAAAGGAAACAAAGUUGGUGGUCCCCCCCCCCCACCCCCACCCCUCACCCUCCACAAAGUUUUCAAAGUUUUUGUUUAUUCUCUUGGUAGACUGCUGAGAUGUACAAGUACAAAUCCCAUAUAUAUCUCCUUUCUCCUUUUUCUCCUUGUACAAAAACCUUGUGUAUAUAAUGUAUCUUAUUAUUCCUUCUGUAUUCAGAGUCCUACGAGAGAAGGCUUUGCCUCUGCAAGCUUAAGCCAUGUUGUCACCAUUAUCACAUACAGCCCUGUGGCUACACACUGGCUGCUGUCUUGUUCAUGUUUUUUCCUCAUGUGUACUUUAGGCUAGGAUUUAUGAGGAUUGUAUGAUGGGCAGGUGUUUAGAUGUACUUAGCUCGAAAUUGUGAAUUUGUUUUUUUCUUUAAAAAAAUUAUUAUUGCAAGUUUUCUUAAUCUGUUGUAUAGGCUGCAAGGAAGGGGAGGGGGGUGGGGGUGGAGAGAUAGUGGAGAGAGAAUGGUAAAGGGUGGGGAGAUGAAGGGGAGAAAACUUUGAGAGUUAACGAAGAAGGUUGAGAAAGAAAGAGAGGGGGAGGAGGGAGGAGUAAGGGAGAGAAAACUGUUUUGUUGAUGCAUUCUCUUGUCUUCCAAAGGUCAUGUUGCUCUGUCUUAACUGUUUGUGUUGUGGGGGGCCUGCCAGCCAAGCCCCAACAACCAUCCCCAGUGUACUUCCGUCAAAAUUUUCCACUUUUGCACAUUCGCUAUUCAACAUUCCCUUGGCUUUUGGACCCUCAUUUUUCUAUGCUUUGUCUGUACCCCCUCCUCCAGAAAAGAUGUUUUAAAAGUGUAGGAUCUGUAGUAGCAUUAUUGUCAGGAGAUAAUAGUAUUUUCAGAAUUGGCACUUCUUUUGGUGGACUUUUUUUAGUAUUUAGAACCCGGGACAAAGUUACAACUACAUUAAUGUGAUGCUCAUGACAGAGCACAUUUGUCACAGGCUUUGUUGAUGUCUCUCAACUAUGAUGAAAAUGCAUUAAAUGUUUGUUUGUUGUAAUAUUCUUGGUAAAAAUGAUGUGCUCAUUGUUAGUUGCACUUGACUUUCUUGCCAAAAUGAGGAGCAAACAGAGAUGAGUUACUGGAAGACAUUCAAAAUGACCAGUGCCUGCCUAAGCAUCCGUGAAAUUGGGCAUAAUUUUGUGUAAAAAUAAGUUUUCUGUUGCUGAUUUGUAACUAAUGUGAAUGAGCAAAUACGUCUUUUACAUCUGGGAGUUUUUUGGUUCUCAUAAAACAGAAAGAAGAAAACAUACUUUUCUGUGCAAACUAUAAAAAACCAUUCUGUUGGUGUUUUGUGAGUAAUGAAAGUGAUUCUCUAUGUUUGAACUGUAUGUUGCUGUAGUGGACCGGCUGCUGGUGCCGGAGCAAAGGUUAGUGUGUGGUUGUGAGUUUGGAGCUGUUCUGUAUCUCACUUUGUCUCCAGCAGUGUUGAGAGUGUUUCCUUCUACUUAUUUCUCUCUCUCUCUGCUAUGAAUAAUGUGGUGAGACUGUUGUAAUUUCCAGUGAUGUUUUGUAUUAAUGUGUAGAGAUUGACAUUCGACUGUGUGCAACUGCUGCCUUCAACAGUCUGCGAAAUAUUUUUUUUCUCCGAAAUUCUUGUGGGAGAGUCUACUCUUCUGAUCUUUAAGGUAUGCUUUUUAAACAAAAAUAAA